GUGGUUAUCGAUAGAAACGAUAAAAAUCCAUUUAUCAACAUCAGCUGUAUCAUAACAAUAUCAAUUUUUCUUUGUAAUUUUUGCAUUAAUUAGGUUCCAAUUUAGAUUAAUUAUUGGUCCAAAGGAUUAUGAAUAUUAUUCCCAUUGCUCGAGUGGCUUUAAUAUCAACCCUACCACGGAUAACAACACUGAACAUCGGAACAAUCCGAACAAUGGCAACUACCCAACAGAAACCGAUCGAAACAGCGAUUCACGACGGUCUUACCGCAAAACUUUCACCAGUUCAUCUGGAAGUGGUCAACGAAUCCUACAUGCAUAACGUCCCAAAAGGUUCCGAAACGCACUUCAAGGUUCUGGUGGUGUCAAAGGAGUUCGAUGGGCUUCCACUUAUCAAGCGCCACCGAUUGGUAAACGAUAUCGUCAAGGACAAACUGGCGGGCAACUUCGUGCACGCCCUAUCAAUCGAAGCCAAAACGCCUGCUCAGUGGGAUGAGACAUACAAGCUGGAUCCCAGUCCCAAUUGUCGCGGCGGAUUUGGGAAAUGAGCUUUCGGAAUGGAAUAAACCUGCUAGUUUCUAUUAUUACAGUUAUUGAA